UUUUCCAUUAUAAAUACAACAACUAAGCUUCUCAACUCUCCCAUCACACCUCAAACUAUUUCCCUAAUCAUACACUUUGGCAUCGACUUCCUAGAUAUCUAUUGAUCAUGGCUGAAGAACACCACCAUCACCACCACCUCCACCACCACAAAGAGGAAGAAGUUCCCGGUGAAGUUGAUUACAAGAAGGAGGAGAAGCAUCACAAGCAUCUUGAACACCUUGGAGAACUUGGUGCUGCUGCAGCUGGUGCUUAUGCCUUGCAUGAGAAGCAUGAGGCAAAGAAAGAUCCAGAACAUGGUCACAGGCACAAGGUAGAAGAGGAGAUUGCAGCAGCUGCUGCUGCUGGUGCUGGUGGUUUUGCGUUUCAUGAACACCAUGAGAAAAAGGAUUCCAAGAAGGAAGAUGAGGAAGCUCAUGGAAAGAAGCACCAUCAUCUCUUUGGCUGAAUCAACAUCACCAUCAUAACAAUGUUCAAGCUCAGAAUGUGUCUCUUUUAUUUUAUAUUCUGCACUGUCUUAAAAUAAUUUCUGAGCCUGUUUGAAGAGUGUUUUAUUAGUUAUACUUCAAUGUAUUUACUCAUAUAUGCUAUAAUAAUGUACAUGUGCAUUAUAUUGCCUAUAUUAAUAAUAUAGUAGAGUGAUUUUAAAUUAUUUUA